AUGUCUCAGGAAGUACCGAAAUCGCUCACUUCGGUGAGACACGUGAUCCUCAUUCUAUCAGGCAAAGGAGGUGUCGGUAAGUCGUCGGUGACAACCCAAACAGCAUUAACGUUAGUCAACAAAGGAUUCAGCGUGGGCGUGCUAGACAUCGACCUCACAGGCCCCUCACUUCCGCGCAUGUUUGGGGUUGAAGCCAAACAAGUACACCAAUCUACAAAAGGGUGGGUUCCAGUGCAAGUCUACCCGGAAACGAGCCACGGCAAGGGCAGUCUCAAGCUCAUGUCGCUUGGGUUUCUCCUUGGCGACAGGGGAAACUCGGUGGUGUGGAGAGGACCGAAAAAGACCGCCAUGAUCAAGCAGUUUCUCCGCGAUGUCAUUUGGGAAGGCGGCGCUAGUGGCGAGCCUCUCGAUUAUCUACUUAUCGACACUCCACCCGGCACAUCGGAUGAACACAUUGCCAUCGCGGAGGAGUUGAGGUACGCGCAGCCUAUCGACGGGGCGAUAAUCGUCACUACACCGCAGCAAGUUGCCACUGCGGAUGUGCGCAAGGAGAUCAAUUUCUGCAGAAAAGUCAAUUUCGAGAUUUUGGGCAUUGUGGAAAACAUGUCGGGGUUCAUAUGUCCCCACUGUUCCGAGUGUACUAAUAUCUUUUCCAGUGGUGGUGGACGGGAGUUGGCGCAGAGCUUGGACUUGAGCUAUUUGGGGAAUAUACCUAUCGAUCCGCUGUUUGUGGAAAUGAUUGAGCUACAAGAGGACAGCGAGGGCAAGAGGUUGAUUGAUUUGUAUCAAGGGCUGGACUUGAGGCCGAUCAUGAAUGAUAUCAUCGAAAAGAUCUUGCAAAAGGGUCUACCUUCGAGGAUACCGUAG